CCCCAUUCAAUUCCAUAAACCCUAGUGAAAUUUGUGAAGAAAAUUUGAGAGAAACCAAAAAAAGCAAGUAAAAAAAAUGGUGGGUACAAAUUUGAAAGCAGAAACAAUGAAAUUAAUGGAUGAAAGAGCAAAUAAAGAAACUGAAAUGGAUGUUAUUAUUCAGAGACUUAGCCAACCUGGUGGACCUGGACUUUCAGGCAACCUUGUUGAUUCUGAGGGGUUUCCAAGAACUGAUAUUGAUAUUCCAACUGUGCGUGCUGACCGGCAUAGGCUUGCUGGUGUUCCCAAGAACUGAUAUUGAUAUUCCAACUGUGCGUGCUGAUCGGCAUAGGCUUGCUGAGCUACGUAACGAUCACAAGAUUAUGACAGAAAAGAUAGACCAAAAUAUUCAAGUUCUGCAUUCAGCACGGCUUGCUUCUACACCUUCUUCUGUGAAGGAUUCAGAUGACGCUCCUGGUUUGGGUGUUCAAGGAUCUGCUGUCAAUAUUGCGACAGCUGCUACAAGUGCCAUGGAUGUGGAUGUAGUUUUCAGCAGACCCUUUGCGGUGAUUGAUGAAAUAUCCGAGGCAUCUCCAGCAGUGGAGGACGGUUUACAACUUGGAGAUCAGGUUGUGAGAUUCGGGAAUGUCCAGUCUGGUGAGAAUAUUUUACAGCGACUUGCUGCCGAAUCACAGUCGAACCAGGGGUGUGCAGUAUCCAUGACAGUCAUGAGGCAAGGUGCUAUGACUAACGUCAAAGUGACACCAAGAGCUUGGCAGGGCCGCGGCCUGCUAGGAUGCAAUUUCCGGAUCUUAUGAUGAGUUUGUCAACUGGAUAUGAAGAAGGAUUCAUCUCCAGCUUCUUAAACCUCGUGUAUUUCCCGUUGGUCUUUUAUGAACGAAAGCAAAAUGUUUCGUGGAUGUCAUGAUUGCUAUGUAACAGCUAUUCAGACUCAAUUGCAUCAUUUGGAUUUUGGGUUCCUUUUAUCUUGUGGUUUUAGACAUGCCAUGUAGAAUGUUGGAAUGAAGAAUUUACCAAAUAUAGAAAGAAACAAAAAGGAAAGGAAGACACUUAAAUUGAAACGGACGGAGUAUCAUCGUUCAUGGAAAAGUUUCCUUAUCA